AGAGCGACGCCUUCCCCGCCAGCGUCAGGGAGAUGAGCCGGCUGCUGCAGGAGGCCGUGCUGACGCAGGACGCGCCCACGCCGCCCGAGUCCCCCAGCCACUCGCCCGCCACCACGCCCACACCCUGGCACCAGAAGGACCCCGCGCCCCCCUCCUCCGGAAGCGAGGGGGCCGCGGAAGCAGGCACGGCGGCAGGCGGCGCGGCCUCCCUCGGCGGCGGGGGCACUGACGGCUCUGCGGGCGCUCAAGUCUCCGAGAGCGGGUCACGCGAAGGGGGCGGGGCCAACGCGGAGGUGGGCGGGGCCUCCGAGGCGGCGGGGGGCGGCGCGAGCGACAGUGCGCGGCCCGCCAGUCCCGCGAGCGGCGGCAGCGGCUCGAGCGGCCCCGUCAGUCUGUCGCAGAUCCUCGAGCGACCCGUGUAUGCCGGCGCCGCGUCCGUUGCCGCAGCGCCCUCCGUGUCAUCCGCCGCCGGCCAGCCCCCGCCGUCCCCCCGCCCGCCCCGCCACCACGCGCCCGCCGGCCCCCAGGAGCCCCCCGCAAGGGCGCCCCCGAAGCAGGCGUGCCCCAUGCCGGUGGCCACGAUGGGCAAUGGCACGUCAGGGCACUCUGGCGGAGGCCACCACCACCACCACGCGCACCACAACCACGGCGGCGCCCCCCCCUCGGCGCCGGGGGGGGCCGGCCCCGGGAACGGCCGCGGCGGAGGGGGAGGAGGGGGUGGAGGCCCCGCCGCCAAGCCCGUGUACCCCGAGGACUACAACUACCUCAAGGGGCUAGUGCCCGAGCUCAAGAGUGACAUCAGGGAGCGCGACCUCCGCAUCGACCUCCUCGAGUCCGAGAUGCUGGACCUCCGGCGCCAGGUCAAGCGCAAGACGGAGGAGCUCACGAGGCUGCAGCGGGAGGUGCACAAGCUGAGGAGCGUCCUCCAGCAGCAGGCGGUCCGGUUCCACGAGCAUGGCGACCUCCUGGCCACCCUGCACGAGCAGCACUCCAUGGCCGGCCAGGGCUCCAUGACCAAGAAGCAGGGCGUCUCCGGAGAGUCCUGCUUCCAGAAUAAGACGGCGGAGAAGAUACACAUCCAGAGAUUCGACAAGGACUUCAGAUCAAAACAGCUGAUCAAGGACGCCAUCAUGGACAAUGACUUCCUUAAGAACCUCGACACCAGCCAAGUACGCGAGAUUGUCGACUCUAUGUACCCGCAGGAGUUUCCCGCCGGGUCGUGGGUCAUCAGAGAGGGAGACGUGGGUUCGCAUCUGUACGUGUCGGCGAUGGGCGAGCUCGAGGUGGUGAAGGACGGCGACAUCCUGGGCAGGAUGUCCUCGGGGAAGGCCUUCGGGGAGCUCGCCAUCCUCUACAACUGCACCAGGACGGCCAGCGUCAAAGCCGUGACCAACUCCAAGCUGUGGGUGCUGGACCGCCGCGUGUUCCAGCAGGUCAUGAUGCGCACCGGCCUCAAGCGCAUGGAGGAUAACAUCAACUUCCUCACCUCGGUGCCACUCCUGCAAAACCUCAACAAAGACCAUCUGAGCAAGAUCGCCGAUCGGCUCGAAGUUGAUUUCUAUGCUCCCGGAACCUACAUUAUCCGACAAGGAACUAGUGGAGAUUCCUUCUACAUCUUGCGCUCAGGGAAGGUCCGGGUUACGCAGCGGAUACCAGGCAAGGGCGACGAGGAGGAGAUCCGCGUCCUGGAGAAGGGCAGCUACUUCGGCGAGCAGGCGCUGCUGCGGGAGGAGUGCCGCACCGCCAACGUGAUCGCCAUGGCACCCGGCGUCGAGUGCCUCACGCUGGAUCGAGAACACUUCAUCCAGCUGAUCGGCGACCUCUCGGAGCUCCGCGAGAAGGACUAUGGGGACGAGACGCGCGGAGUCACUCGGCCUACGACGGCGCCGCAUAACGUGGACGCGGUGGCAGAGUACGCCUACAUCCGUCUCGACGACCUGGACGUCGUAGCCACCCUGGGCGUGGGCGGCUUCGGGCGGGUGGAGUUGGUCCAGUACGCCCACGACAAGUCCAUGACCUUCGCCCUCAAGUGCCUUAAGAAGCAACAUAUUGUGGAGACGCAGCAGCAGGAACACAUCUUCUCCGAGAAAAGAAUCAUGAUGGCCGUCAGGAACCCCUUCAUUGCCAGGCUGUACAAGACCUUCCGUGACAACAAGUACGUGUACAUGAUGAUGGAGGCUUGUCUGGGCGGCGAAGUGUGGACCAUCCUGCGGGACCGCGGCUGGUUCGACGACCUCACCGCCCGCUUCUACACCGCCUGCGUCGUGGAGGCGCUGGAGUACCUGCACGCCAAGAACAUCAUCUACAGAGACCUCAAGCCGGAGAAUCUGCUGCUGGACUCCACGGGCUAUGCCAAGCUGGUCGACUUCGGCUUCAGCAAGCGGCUCGGGGCCAGCAGCAAGACGUGGACCUUCUGCGGCACCCCCGAGUACGUGGCGCCCGAGAUCAUCCUGAACAAGGGCCACGACAAGGCAGUCGACUACUGGUCCAUCGGCAUCCUCAUGUACGAGCUGCUCACGGGAACCCCCCCCUUCACGGCCUCGGACCCCAUGAAGACGUACAACAUCAUCCUGAAGGGCAUCGACAUGGUGGACUUCCCGCAGCACCUCUCGCGCAACGCCAUCUCGCUCAUCAAGAGGCUCUGCCGGGAGGCGCCGGCGGAGAGGCUCGGCUACCAGAGGGCGGGCAUCCAGGACAUCAAGAAGCACAAGUGGUUCCAGGGCUUCGACUGGGAUGGCCUGCGAGCGAGGGUUCUGCAGCCACCCAUCAUCCCCAAGAUCAAGGGACCUGCCGAUGCGGGCAACUUUGACUCUUACCCUCGAGAUGUGGAGGUUCCCACGGAUGAACUCAGCGGAUGGGACUUGGACUUCUAGAGGCCGGGACGCAGUGGGGGCUCUCUGCCGGGAGACUGUGACUUGAACUCUGUCGCGCUCAGUGAAGAGUGGAGUGAUGAUUAUUUGUGGCCUGGUUCUUGUUUAAAGCACGAAGGUAUUGGAGAUGCGCAGGAAAUAUUUGGUAUAUGUAUUGGAAAUAUGUGAUUGGAAGGAAGGUUGAAAAGUGAAUAACAUCAAUUUUCAGAUAUUUCAUGGCCUAUGAUACUGCCUUUUCCACUAAUAGAGACAAUAACUAUUUUGGCAAUAGUCUAUGUAGCUACAUUAAUUUACACACACACACACACACACACACACACACACACACACACACACACACACACACACACACACACACACACACACACACACACACACACACACACACAUACACACAACAAUUUUUCAUGUGCAUCUAUCACAUAUGAAUAACAGAAAUCAAGGAUGGUAUUAUAGUGCUGUGCUCAUGGAAUUUUCACUCUGAAGGAUAUCUCUUGAAAGAGUCAGCAUGCAAAGAGAGAAAUGUGUUGGCAUGUAUUCCCCUGAUGUGAAUUGAUGAAAAAGUUUCUGAUGCCUGACAUGUUGUAUUCCUAUUAAGGCUGUUCAACUUAACAGCACUUAUUGAUUAAAAAAAAAAGUGUUCUGCCUUUUAUUAAGUCAGUCACUGGAAUACCUCAAUAGAAGAUCAACAUCUGAAUGCAUUUGGUGGUUUUGCUUGAGGAGGUUCAGCAUAAUAGAAAAUAUGACUCAUUUGUCUAUUUACAUUGCCGUGUCUUUAAAGUCUAAGGCACAAAUUCCUCCCAUCUUCUCAAACUCUCCGUUGAGGCAUGAACAGUAAUCCAUGCUUCAGAAAUCUACAAAAGGAUUCAUCACCUGAUUUAGUUCAGAGGUUGAAUAUGAACACAACUUCUAUGAUGAAAUGUACACUAAGUCCAUAGUUUGUGCACUCAGGUACUUGAGAAGAAGACCUCUGCUCCCAGUGCAUCACACUGUCUAGACGCCUUAUUACCUGGAUAGGAGUGAGAGCUGCAAAGGGUGAUGCUUAAGUGCUGAGUGAACCAGAAAAAUGGAAAAGUAGAGCAGAGGAAAAGGUGGAGAAAUAACACUCAAAUUAUUUUUUUAAUAAUGAUUCCUCUCUCUCAAGAAAAAAAGACUUGAGGUGAAAUGACUGUGCAGACAAGGUCUGAUGUUUCAUUUAAAACAGAAUAUUAUGAUCCUAUUUUUAAAAAUUUUCUUGUAUUUUGAAUCUUUUUUUGUAUGAAAAUUAUUUAUCAGCGUUAGUAAAGAUUUAUUGCAUAAUUUUCUUCUUCCUCUUUCAUAUGCAUUGAUUCUUUGUGAAAGGAUCAGCAAGAAUUUCUUUACUGUGCUAUUUGUCUUUUCUUAAGAUAUUGCCUAGGGAAAUGCUGGCAGACUGUGCUGUACAUACCCUCUGUCAGAGCAUCUUUUGUAAAUAAAUUUCAAAAUAUUUUAUUCUAGGAAGGUACUUGAAUAUUAGCCUUAUUAUUUGAUAUGCACUUCAUGAUGUUUAAAGAGCUUUGAACAUAGAAGUUCAUGAAUGCUUGAAUGAAAGACUGAGUGAAUGGUUAUCAAUGAUUGCUUUAGUAUUGAGAAGGAAUCUAAAAAUAUGAUUUCUUCAAAAGCAAUUCAGCUAAAUCUAUUGAGAAAAAAAAAAUCAGUCAUUUUUCUGGAAUGAUGAUUAAUGCAGUCUCUGAUAGAUAAACAAAUAAAACAAUAGUCAUAAACUUCAGAAUUCCUGUAUUCACAUUCAUUCUGAAGGCAUAAAGAAUUCAUAGGGAAGGUGUAUAUUUGCCUCUUCCGAAUGCAGUUAUACCUGUUGAAUGUAUUGCUAGAUGUUAGAGUCUUUUAGUUUUGUUUUUUGGUUAGGUAUAAUGUCCUUUCUUUGCUACUGCCAGAAUGCAUGUGUUAUGGAAAAUGUGUAAUAGCCACAGUCACAUUUGCACAAGAUAAGCUUUAAGGAUAUGCAUCUGCCUUUUCAUCUCUUAUUACCGGGACUGGAGCGUAAGCCUUCUUUUAAGUUCUUAUCCCUAUUUUCGUCCUCUUUUGAAGUUCGAUGUUACUUCCAGAUUUCUUGUAUGAAAAUUUCUUGUAUGCAUUGUUUUACUCUAUUUUUUUUUUUUUUUGUAGCCUGAUAUUCACUAUUGUUUUUUAUCCUUUUUAGGUUAGGUAAAUGUAAUUUUAAAAAUCUAUAUUUGCUUAAUCAGAUAUUGAUUAAUAUACAGUAAUAACCUCUAUGCCUGAUUGAUCACUAAUGAAAGUUAUACACAUAUCUGAUUCUUAUUAGCCAUUA